AUGGGCAGCAGAUAUACACGGUAUACACAGGAGAUAAUUACAUCGUUUAACACCGCCGUCAAGUUCCACAAUGACGCCGGCCUCGCCCACAUCCGCUCGCUACAUGCUUGGCUGGGGAUAGCCACCAUAAGCCUCUAUGCCCUCCAGUGGCUCGUGGCAUUCGUGUACUUCGUGUUCCCCGGGGCUAUGAUGACGAUGAGGGCAGACUACGCGCCAUGGCACAUCUUCUUCGGCAUCGUCAUCUUCCUCAUGGCCAUCUGCACCGCCGAGACAGGCCUUGUGAGGUUCAUUUUCCCUGGCAACUACCCGAGCGAGGCUUUCGUGGUCAACUUCAAUGGGAUCGCCAUAUUCAUGUUUGGCGUGGCUGUUGUCCUAGCUGUCAUCCUUCCAUCUAGAUACUAG